CUUUAAUUUAAUUACUUGUUUAUCCUUUCUUUUUUUAAAUUGUUCAUUGCCUCUUUGGAUCCGGUAGCUUUAGACAAUUUUUCACGAGAAGGAUAAGUAAAUAAUCAAGAUAUAUCACCCUGUACUUUACUGACGGGACUGUGCGUUCUACCUCUUCACCUUCGAGACGGCGAGAGUUCGCAGUCCGUUAAUAGUACUCGGGGCAAUGUGCAUACACGUCCUAUGAUAUCGGAAACAUUGAGCGACCUGAAUCGUACACAACUUGACAACCAUGGCUCUGGCAGAAAUCGAAAACACAAUAGCAGGGAUCUGGGUUUUACAGAAGAAUGAGAAUUUGGAUGAAUACUUGAAAGAAAUCGGUGUAAACUUCGUGCUCCGGAAGUUGGCCGCCGCUGCCAGCAGCACUAUGACGAUAUCGGUGGAAGAUGACCAGGUGCGGAUUCACACGAAAGGACCAAAAGACUCUGACCACAAAUUUCAUCUGGACACUGAAGUGGAGUCUAACGACCCUCAGGAUAACCCUAUGAAGGCUGUAGUCAAGUGGACUGACAAGAAAUUAGUCACCCAUUCCAAACCAACGGAGGGGUCAAAGGCCAAGGAGACACGAGUUGUGCGGGAGAUUGUGAAUGGCGAGCUGAUCAUGGCUUUGGUGACUUGGAAAGACGGGAAACUAAUUACGGAGGCCAAACCGACCGAGGGGUCAAACGGCAAGGCCACCCGAGUGGAGAGAGAGGUGGUGGACGGGGAGCUAAUUAUGACUAUUUACGUGAACAAUGUUGUAUGCAGGCGGAUUUUUAAGAAGAAAUGAAGGCUGUUGUCCUCUAUGUAGACGUAUAUUUAGCACCAUUAGUUUACUUUCACCUUCAAAAUUUAGCACUUAUAAGACAGCGGGAUAUUGUUCCAUGGUUUUCGAACCCGGGGCAAACAGUCUCCCCAAGCAGUUUCAUUAAAGCUCCACAGAUGACAUCAUCGCAAAUCACGGGCAAUAUCCUCAUCUGGAGGGCGGGGAUGGACAUCGGGCCGUGUCUUGAGACGAUGCUCUUCUGGAGGGCGGGGAUGGACAUCGGACCGUAGCUUGGGGCGGUGCGCGGAUGACAUCAUUCUAUUCAUAUUGUGUUUGUAAUCUGCAUCUUUUCUUGCUGUGCGAGAGACUGGGGACCAUUAGAUUCAUUAGGUGCAGCUAUGUAGAGAAACUAAUACAAUAUCUAGAAAUGUCAUACAUGUAUGUAGAUGACUAAAUUUGCUAUUUUGUGUAUGCUUGUUGAUAUGUUCAUUUGAGAGGGAAAUAAAAAUUAUAGAUUAUAUCAUA